CCAUCUUGUGACGGCAAGCGCUCUCGCCCGCAAAACGGCCCCCGAACCGCGGAAUUCGACGCGAUAACGCGCGAAAAAGCCCCAAAAAGUGACCACCAGUGCCCCCGUGCCCACGCCGACUGGAUCACGUGCACGCACGCAAGGAGCCCAAAUCGCGGCGACGGCCUUAAGGUUUUUCGAGUUUUUACUCAUGAGUGAUACAUUUUUGUGACUGUGACCAGCACACGCACUUUGGAUACAAAAAACCGCCGCCACGGCCACGAGACAUGAACGAGUUGCCGCUUACCCUUUCCUAGUCCUAAUUAGGACGCAAUCCGGCAAAAUGGGCUGAAGCCGCGGAUUUUCUGGAGGCAGCAGUUCCAAAAAUAAAUAAUAGUACAGUGGACUGGAAAUGGAUAAAGAAAAUGGUAAGGGCGCCGAAAGUAAUUCAGGUUCCAGCAAAGUGUCAACUCCCGCCGACCCCGCGUCCCUCCUCGACCCCAGCAGUCUCUUCGGAGCUUACUGGCCGCGGGGCGAUGCGAAUUCGGCCAACGCCGCCAAUCUUUUUGCGGCCGGGGGCGGUUUCGGCCUGCCGCCCCAUCCGUCGCUUCCCUUCGGAAUGCUGCCGCCGACAACGGGACGGGGAAUGCCCUCCUAUCCCACCUCCACGGCCGCGGCGGCGGCCUACAGCAACGCCUAUACCAAUACGCUCUCGGUGGCGGCGAGCCAGGCCGCCAGUUUAGGGAUACCAGCUGCAAGCGCCGCGUGGUGGUCGAUGGCGUCCCAUUUGGCGGCCCAGGAUUACCUGGCGCGUCUUCAGGCAACGGGCUUGAACUUCCCGUCCCUGGGAUCCCCCGCCGACCUCCAGUACGCCUCGCUGGGUCUGCCCCCGCACUCGUCUCACCACAAGUCGUCGAAAAGUUCGAAGGCCUCCUCGACGCCGCUGUCCAAGUCCAAGGACGGCAAACUGUCCUCGCCGUCGCCGACGCUGCCGUCCCCUAUUCCCAAGUUAGAUGGACGCGUCGAUCACUCAUCGCUCAAAGCCAACUCGUCGAUGUCCAAUUCCAAACCGCCGGGGAAGUACUCAUCUCCACCAGGUGUGGCCGGUCUCAGCAUCCAGGCGAGCAUGAAGUUGCCGAACAAUAGCGAAAAAAAGACGAAAGUGAACGAUUUGAACUACUUGAAGCCGAUGGACAAGAAGACGACGACGAGUGCGAGUUCGGGUGUUAAAGUGUCGUCGUCGUCGCCGAGUAUUUUCACCAGCCCGUUGAGCUUGGCCAGUAAUUAUGACAAAAGUGUCGCAAAUACGCUUAGUACUCAAAGUUCCAGUGAUAGUCUUAGUGGCAGCAGUUUGCCUUCGAGCAGCAUUUUGAGUGCUGCUCUGGAAGGAAACAGUGAUCCUAAUUCGAUACUUGGUGGCGUUCGUUUGCCUCCCGACACCGAGAUCAUCAAAUAUACCUCAUCCAUCGUUGGGCCUAAGAUACCAGGAACGACGAACCGAGGUCGCAAAAAGACCAUCUCGUUGGACCCACCUUCGGUUAGCGUGCACCCGUCUCAUUCCACCACAGGAAUGCUGAUCGAACGAAGCAACAAACGUCCAAAACUAACAGAUCAGCAAGAUGUUGGGUCGCCUCCUGCUUCGGCGAACGACAGGGUGGAAGUCAUCAAAUUACCAGCGACCAAUGGCAGUCCGUCUGGAAUUUCGGUUCCUUCGUUUAACAGUGAAAGUACGGGCGAUACGCCGCUGAAUUUAUCACUGAAACCCAGUACAUCAACGAAUAGUAGUAGUUCUUCGCUGACUUCGUUAAGCAACAUGUCGGCUAAUAUUGGAGUAGAUAGGAUAUCUCGUCGAAAACCGGGCCCGAAACCCCGCCGCGUAAUCUCCUCGAGUAGUCAACUUCCUCCUGGAGCACCUAGCGCUUCCUUGGCUCAACUUUUCGCGACCGCCGAUUCUCCGAGACCACCUAGUCGUAACGAAGGCUCGGACGGCGGUAGUUCCACCUCCUCGACGUGCGCUGCGUCGGCCCCCUGCACCGCCACCGCCUCCACGACGGUCCCCACCAUGUCCCUGGCGAACCACAAAGAGGGCAGGCCGAGGAACCUCGGCCGAGGCGUUAGUAAACCUAAAAAGAAUACAGUAGCUUCUUUGUUAGCGCAAAGUAGAGCGUUAGGUGAGAUUUUAGGUAUUAAACCUAUGCCUAUUUUGGAUCCGAACGCUUCAAUGAAUCAGCAGAUGAAUCUUUUGAAGUCGAAUAUAUUGGCUGCACAGCAGUAUAUUUCUGAAGCAGGUGGUGACGAAAAAGCUUUAAAUAAAUUUUUGCAGGAAAAAUUCAGGGGUACUUUAAGUGAUUCUAGUACUGUUGAUGCCUCCACUGAUUCUGAUAACCUUACUGAUUCUAAUCACACAGAUUCAGAAAUGGAGAUUGAAGUCGCCACCAAGAAACAGAAACAGUACGACGAACGCGCCCUCAGAGUGCCCCUGGAAAAAGGGUGGAAGAGGGAGACCGUCAUUCGAGGGCUGACGAAGAGCGGCGGCAUCAAGGGGGACGUCACGUACAUUGCUCCUGAUUCUGCGAAUAAAUUUAAGCAAAUGUCAGACAUCACUCAGUACCUGGAAUACCAAAAAAGUACAGACUUGGCAAAAGAAAACUUUACGUUCAGCUGUCGGGUCAUCUUGGGAGACUAUCUGCAGCCAGUACCACCUGAAAUGGUCGCAGAAGGGGGAGAAUACAUAUAUCUCACAGAAGAAGAUGUUACGAGGAGAUUAGAAGAGCUAAGAACUGCCAUGAGAACAAGCUUACCCGUCGAACAACGAAUAGAAAUGGCCCGAAAGCAGCAAGCAGCCCGAGCAGCCGCAAGAAUUGACCGCGAACAGGCCCGAAUAGCCAAAGAAAUUGAAAGAUCCGAACGCCAAGAAGCUGCCAGAAGAGACCGAGAGGCCAGAUCUCAACAGCUGUUAGAGGGUCGAAAACGGCUAGCGUUCACGCUUGAACAGAAAAUUCAGAUAAUAUCAGAAAUAGAAGGUGGGAAAACGAAAUCGGACGUAUCUAGGGAGCUCGGUUUGGCUAGCUCGACUGUAGCAACAAUAUGGAAGAAUCGUGAUAAUAUACUAAGCGCCUAUAGCUCUGAAAACCUGGGACGAUGUCACAGUCCCAGUAAUAACGAUUUGUACAUUCCCGAUAUUGCGAUGGCCAAAAGAAAACGCCAGGAGGAACUCGAAAAACAUAGACACGAAGAACAGCAACGAAAACAACAGGAGAGAGAAUUCAAAAGACAACAAGCAGCCAUGUUAAAAGAGCAGAUGUACAUACAGGAGAUCAGUAAACAGCGAGAAAUGCUCUACACUGUUGAGUUGGAACGAGAAAGGCGACGCCAGCACAUGGCCUUAGUGAAAGCUUUAGAAAAUCGCCGAAAACUAGAAGAACGCGAGAGGAAAAAACAACAACUACUCGCCGAGAAGCAAGCAAACAAAGAAAAGAAACUAGAACAAAGAAAAAUGGAACUGGAAAUUCUGUCCGAAUUGAGAAAACCGUGCGAAGAUUUAGAACUCGAUCAGAAGCCGUUGCCCGAAUACGAGAGGAUUCCAGGACUGAAGCUUCCAGGGAAAGCAUUCGCCGACAUUCUCAUGGUGUUUGAAUUUUUGCACAAUUUCGGCGAAACGCUGGGCUUCGAUAUGGAGUCUCUGCCUACUCUCGACUCUCUUCAACAAGCUUUAAUGCCUAACGAACACUCUUCCGAAGCCGAAGAAGAACUGUUUUCUGUGAUGACACAUUUACUAGUCUGUGCUAUAGAAGAUCCGGGUAUUCCGAAUCCAGCACGUCAUACUACCAUUCUGGGGCAGAGUCUCCGACAAGCCGACAUAACGCACGCCAACUUGUCUGAAAUCUUGAGGAUUUAUUUGUACGCGAAUGCCACAGGCGAAGUUAAAGCUCUUACGGGGGUGCACUUCGAGAGGGAUAGGGAGAAGAGAGUGGCCGACCACCAUCAAAACGACAACGAAAUGCAGCAGACCUCUUGCGGGAAGAAUUCACAAUAUUAUGAGUUGUUGCACGAAAAUGCGACGUGGAAGCUAUCCGACAUGUUGAAAGAUAAACCUUAUAUGGCCUUAUCGCCGACGUGCAAAGCAGAAAUUUUGGCCUUUUUGUGUAACGAAUUGUUGCAGAAUAAGGCGGUGAUAAGACAGAUUGAAAGCUCUUUAGAAAGUGUCGCACACCAGAAGAAAGAGAAGUGGCUGAUGGAUACCAAAAUUAGGAAGUUGAGGAUGUUGCACAAUAGAAAAGUUCGGUCGGAAGCUGUUGAAAAAGCGCAAACUAAAGCGGAUGGAGAUGCCCAGGAAGGUAAUGUGGAUUCGCCUUCUUUACACAAGGAUGAUUUGUUGGACGACGAGGAGAACGAAAUGAGUGAGAAUGAAAGUGUUGGAACACAGCCAGAAGAGGAGGAAGAUAAUAAAUUGUCGGGCGAAGAAUUGGGCAAGAAAUUGGAAAAGUUGAUGAAAACUUCCGAAAUCCAACUGCAAUCUUUGAAUUCGUCGACUCACCAACUCCGAGCUACUUGUUUCGGACAAGAUCGGUACUGGAGAAGAUACUGGAGUCUAUCCAAGGCUGGUGGUAUUUUCGUGGAAGGUAUGGAAUCCGCAGAACCGGACAUGUUGCUAGAACAAAUCCAGUACGACCAGUCCAAAGAAACCAUCAAUAGUUUAAAUGACAUCAAUAAUUUAAUGAGAAAAGUUGAAAACAUCAACGAUAUCAAUAUCGACAAAGAAGUGAGCAGCAUCGUCAGUAACAACGAAAUCCAAAAAGAAGUGGAGAAAAAUCCAGCGAAAACCGAAGAUAACGAAAACGAACACAGAAAAACUCCAAACCGAUUAGGGGUGUGCGAGAACGGCGAGAUACUAGACAAGAGCGAGCGAAAUUUAGCCGAAUUGAGAAAGAGCGUAGAUGACAUAGUACAAAACUUAGAGAGAAACAUAGAAAUAGAGAAAGAAAGGCGCCUCAGGCAGGAAUCUCAAGACAAUAAACUGAAUAACCACAUCAACGACGGCGAUAGCAAAAUAAAGACGGAGAUCACCGACGCGGAAUCCAUCACUAACAAGAAAUUUAACUUGUUCGAGAAACUGGGCCAGUGCAUGGAGCGCGAGAACAAAUCAGAGGAAGACCUGAAAGCCGAGGUAAAAGCAGAGGUGAAGGAAGAACUGAAGAACGAGAUUUUGAACGAACUGAAGAGCGACAUUAAAGGUGAGAGUAAGAACGAUAGUAAGAGCGAAGACGAGAAAUCGAGCGAGAGUGAGCAUAAGUGGUUCAGUAUUCUGAGCAAAGACGGCACUUGUGACGGGGUUUAUUUGACAGCCGGAAACCGCUGGGAUAAUGGAGGCGUCGGGGCUUGUACCAGGGAUAACUUAACCGAGUUGAAAAUUCCCGUGUUCCCGCCUCCCGGUUCAAAUUCCUCUUCGACCAAUUAUCACAGCUUGUGUGAUAGUCCGGCUCCGUUGCAAAUGACAGCCGAGGAAAGUGCGCAGCUGGAACACAUUAAGAAACACGGAAUGCCGAAGGCGUGCGACAGAAAGUCGGUGCCUGUAGAUCAGAGGUACGGUUGGUGGAGGUUGACGGAUCCGGAACAGUUGAAGGAACUUUUGGAUAAUCUGCACGUCAGAGGAGCGAGGGAAAAAGAGCUGAAGAGAACGUUCAUUAGUAUUAUGCAGACGAUGUAUGAAAGACAAGGUAAAUUCUAUAUUGAGGAAGGUCAGAAGGAUUUGACCGAAUUGCCCCUUGAGGGAUUAGAGAGUGUCAAGUUGAUGGAAGGUGGAGCCCCGUUUCCGGAUGACGUGGGGGCCUGGAGCCCAUCCAUUGCCCAUAGAGUAGAUCUCUCGCUACUGGAGCAGGUGGAAGCCUUAGAAGACAAAGUUGCCAGCGCCAGCAUGCAGAUAAAAGGCUGGAAGAUCCCGAGCAGGGACGUUCAAGACAUUCCCGCGGACGAAAUAGUUCCGCUAGUUCGAGAUCGACUCGCCUCGCUCGAGGUGAACAUCGAACGUCGCUACUUGAAACCGCCUCUAGGCAACAAGCCAACCUGCAUCAACAUUUCCAGUGCCGGGGAACAGAACUUGGCCGCGAUCGCUCAAGAGGCUUCCGGGGGAAGUGCGACAGCGUCCAACCAACCGCUGGCGGAUCCCAACGAAAUCCCGAAGGGAUUAGCAGUGUGGCGCGAAGCCGUCAACAGGGCUCAAACGUCCGCCCAGCUGGCAAUGUGUCUCUACUCGUUGGAGUCUUCCAUCGCGUGGGAUAAGAGUAUCAUGAAAGCUGUGAGCUCCUCUGAUGUUUUUAAUAAACUGAGAGCCCGCAAAUAUAACAGCAAGCUCAGUAACUGCCAAUUUUGCCAUAGUGGCGACAACGAAGACAAACUUCUCUUGUGUGAUGGCUGCGAUAAAGGUUAUCACACGUACUGCUUCAAACCUAAGAUGGAAAAUAUUCCUGAAGGUGACUGGUAUUGCCACGAAUGCAUGAACAAAGCAACCGGCGAACGUAACUGCAUAGUUUGUGGCAAGAAGUGUUCGACGACAGGAACCAGAUUAAUUUUAUGCGAACUUUGCCCUCGCGCUUAUCAUACAGACUGUAUUCAUCCUGUUCUGCACAAAGUUCCUCGAGGCAAAUGGUAUUGUUCCAAAUGCAUAUCGAAAAAGCCUCAAAAGAAAAUGCGUAAAAACCAUGCCAAAUCGAACAAACAAGAUAGCGAACUGUCCGAUCAUCCUCCUUCUAGUCCUGCACCAUCUCAUAGUUCCGUAACAACCAAUGAAGAUCAGGGAACAACGAAUUGCAAUCAGAGUGAUGUCUCCAAUUCGAGUCUAGGCAACGUAGGCUCUCCGUCCACACAAACCUCCAAGAAAGAUCGCGUAUCGAAGAAGUUACUUAAAGAACUCGCUCCUUGCAAAGUGAUUUUAGAAGAUCUCGAAUGCCACGAUGACGCGUGGCCGUUUUUGCUCCCAGUCAAUACGAAACAGUUUCCGACGUACAAGAAGAUCAUCAAGACUCCGAUGGAUUUGUCCACGAUUAAGAAAAAAUUAUAUGAUGUCAGUUAUAAAUCCAAGGAAGAAUUUUGUCUGGAUGUGAGGCAGAUAUUCAAUAAUUGUGAAGUCUUUAACGAAGAUGAUAGCCCAGUAGGUAAAGCAGGUCACUGUAUGCGGCAGUUUUUCGAAGCUCGAUGGAACGAGCUUUGCAUUUCUAACAGUUGAGGACUGCUUUAUCAAAAAAGACCUUACCAUCGACGAACGAGACCCCCGGAAAACAGUGUUUAAAUUGCAUUGAGGUGUGAUGAAUACUUUUUUAUUAUUAAUACGGUUUCAAACAAAAACUAUACAGGUAUUUCCAGUGUGUGAUAUUGACUUUGAAAAUGUAUACUUGAGCUUUUUAUUGUUCAUAAAUUGUAAUUAUUUGUAUACAAUUAAAAAAAAUCUUGAAAUUA